AUGAAUAUUGAUCCUGUAUUUUCGGUGAAAGCAAAGCGUCUUAGUAAAAGGAAACGAUCCCAUGAUGAAGAGGCUGAAAAAGUUGGGGAAGAUGUAAUAUUGACAGCAGAAGAAGAUUUCAGAAUCAACUACUUCCUCAAAAUCGUUGAUCAAGGUUUGGUUUCUUUUGAAACAAGGUUUGAACAACUUCAAAGUUAUGAAAAUACUUUUGGAUUUUUGUUUGACUUGAAGAAGCUGAAGUUAGCGGACGAGGAGAAGUUGAUGGCUUCUUGUGUCAAUCUUGAAGUUUUUCUGAAGCAUGAUACUCAUUCUGAUAUUGAUGGUAAUGAUCUAUUUUUGGAGCUAAAGCUUUUAAGAGGGGUUUUACCUAAAGAGAUUAAAAAGUUUGUUGAGGUCUUGGAUUUUUUGAAAAAGAUGGGAAGUUGUUAUCCAAAUACAUGGACUGCCUAUCACAUAAUGAUGACGAUUCCCGUUUCUAUUGCUUCUGCGGAAAGAAGUUUCUCAAAGUUGAAACUCAUAAAAUCUUAUUUAAGAUCGACUAUGUCACAAGAGAGGCUGAAUGGAUUGUCGAUGAUGUCCAUUGAAAGGAGUUUGGCGGAAAAACUUGACUAUGAAAACUUGAUGGAUGAGUUUGCAAGCUUUCGUUAA